GUUUAAUUGAUCCAUGUGGAAAAUAUUGCGUAAUCAAUGCUUAUGGUGCCUCAGCUGGUGAUAGUUUUAUUUAUGGAAUAAAUCUUCGUGAUCUAAAUGAAAGCCCAACUGCUAUUAUAAAAGCAAAUGAAGUUCAUCAAUGUAAGUUGCUAAAAAAAAGUACAAUAAACCAGCAAGACUUUGAAAAAGAACAAUUAAAAGCAGCAGGAAAACAUGAUAUAUUUAUAUUGUUUACUUGUGGUGAAUCUCAGGUAAAUCUUUCAAAUACUUCAACAAUAAUUGAUAAAAGUAACUGGGAAAAUUACUUUGGUCCUUUUGCUGGACGAGCAUUCACAUAUGCAAAUACAGAACCUCCGAAUGCAAAUACUGCUUCUAUGACCCAGCUCACUGGUAUAAGUGGCAUUGAUAAAAAAUAUGCUGAGAAGAUUCUUGAAACUCGUAAAAGAAAGCUUUUUGACAAUUUGGAUGACUGUCAUAAAAGAACAAAGACUCCCAGAAAAGUACUUGGAAAUUUUAGGUUUUAA